AGUCAAAAUGCAGAAGGCUGUGGCCAUUUUGGGAAGAACGACAUUCAACCACUUUCUGGUCUCCACUUCGAGAGGCUCUUGCUUUGUUCCUCCUCCACAAUAAUUCUCCUCUCGCAACUUCUGGGAACCGGCACGAAGGCGGAGACGACAAAUACAUGGAGAUGGACCAUCUCUUCUUCAUGUUGUCGUAGUUCUCCACUUCUUCCGCCCAUUUUCUGUGUUUUUUUGAUCCCUAAUGGCGGGCCAAUCGUCAGAUGCUUCCCCUCUUAUUCCACCGCCACCGAUCGGCGACCCUGGGGAGAUCGACCUCGAAGCCGGCCAAGGGGAGCAAAUUCAGUGUAGAAUUUGCCUUGAGACCGAUGGUAGGGAUUUUAUUGCUCCUUGCAAAUGCAAAGGAACAUCGAAGUAUGUUCAUCGAGAAUGUUUGGAUCAUUGGCGAGCUGUGAAGGAAGGUUUUGCUUUUGCUCAUUGUACCACCUGCAAGACUCCUUACCAUUUGAGAGUUUAUACUGUCGCUGAUAGGAAAUGGCGAACCCUGAAAUUUCGAUUUUUCGUGACUAGAGACGUUAUAUUUAUAUUUUUGGCGGUUCAGCUUGUAAUUUCUUCUCUGGGAUAUUUGAUGUACUUUAUAGAUGGUUGUCAACAUUACUGGCUUCGUCUUACUUGGGGUUUCGAUAACAAGUUUAGUUUUUAUUACAUAUGUGGGGCUUUGUUAUUUUUUGCAUUACUCGGCUUAUCUGGAUGCUUCAUCACUUGUUAUGAUCGGAGAGUCAGGAAUGAUCUGGCUCAACCAUGUCGGGAAUUGUGCAUAUGUUGUUGCCAUCCUGGACUAUGUGCAGACUGUCAUUUACCUGGUACUCUCUGUAUGUGGACUGACUGUACCACUUGCUUCGAAAGUUGUGGGAGUAUAGCAACUGAAUGUGGAUGCCUAGGAGGUGCCGGUGAAGCAGGACUGCCAUUAUUACUCAUAAUGGCCUUGAUUGUUCUUGGUUUGUUUACAGUGAUUGGGAUAUUCUACAGUGUCUUGGUGGCUACCAUGGUUGGACAACGAAUAUGGCAACGACACUAUCACAUACUUGCUAAAAGAAUGCUAACAAAGGAAUAUGUUGUGGAAGAUGUAGAUGGCGAGAUGACAGGAACUGACUGGGUACCUCCAGCACUGCCGGCAGAGCACGUUCAACAGCUGAAAACUCUUGGCCUUCUAUGAAUUGAAGUGGAAAUGGGUCAGUUUUCCUUUCACUGCGCCGGAAGAGUAGCUAACCAUAUGCUUUUGCUGGUGCUGGUCAGUACUUAAUUUACUUUGGACCAAGAAAGUCCUAUACACAUACUCAGACUUAUGUCAGACCCACUGCACUGCAUCUGUAUGAUAGAAUGGCUAAUGGCUAGUUUUUGUCUUAUCCAUUUGAGAAAAUGGGAGGGAAUUUCAAUACUCGAAAUGCUUACUGACUAAAACUAAAACUAUGUAUUAUUAACGUUCUUAUCGAGUAACAAAGCGUUUUGUGAA